UGGCGAUAUAGACCAAUCUUGAAAUUACGAGUCUUUCUCUCUUGUGGAAGGGCGUUUGGCCGCACAAGCAUUUGGGCUGGAGGGAGGAUAACAUCAGAUUGUCGUUCCUGUAAAGUGUACAAUUAUAUUUUGGACCUCUGUGUUGUAUAUAUCUCAUGUCCACGUCUUUUGAACGGAUGAUGGCGUCGAAGUGCACCCGGUUUCAGGCGCACACAUUUUAUUUCCUUUUCCUUUUGUUUCAUUCCUCACACGGAGACGUGAGCUUUUCCUUUCCCGAGGAGAUGCAACGAGGAUCGGUGAUUGGGAAUUUAGCCAAGGAUCUCGGAUUGGAGGCGAGCGCGCUGUCCGGCAGAAAAGCGCGCAUCGACGCCGACGGGAGCGGAAAACGUUUUUGUGAUCUAAACGCCAGAAGCGGAGAGCUGAUUGUGGCGGACAGGAUUGACAGAGAGGGGCUUUGUGGUGACAAGGCUUCGUGCGUCCUGAAACAUGAGGUUGUGCUGCAGAAUCCACUCGAACUUCAUCGAAUGAAUCUGCACAUUCAAGAUAUAAAUGAUAACGCCCCUCUGUUUCAGGAUGACUUAAUUGAUUUGGAGAUAAGCGAGUCAGCCGACAAAGGGGCUCGUUUUGUGAUAGAGGAGGCCCACGAUGCGGAUGUAGGACAAAAUUCAGUUCAGCAGUACUUGCUCAAGAAAAAUGAUAAUUUCGUUUUGUCUGUCAGUGGUAACACAGUAGAGCUCGUUCUUGACAAAGAACUUGACCGUGAAAAGGAAAGUGAGAUGAAUUUGCUUCUCACAGCUUUAGAUGGCGGCUCUCCUCGGAGAUCAGGCACAGUGGUCAUACAUGUUACCGUGCUGGACACUAAUGAUAACUCCCCAGUAUUCAGCCAGGCCGUUUAUAAAGGCAGCCUGCCUGAAAAUUCUCCUCCUAACACAAUAGUGAUUAAAGUUAGCGCUACUGAUGCUGAUGAGGGAGUGAAUGGAGAUGUGAGUUAUGAUUUUGGACAUGUUACAGAAGAUGUGAAGAAGACAUUUAGUAUUGAUCGUAAAGUGGGAACAAUCGCUGUAAUUGGCACAGCUGACUAUGAAUCAAGCACUUCAUAUGAAAUCCGUGUGAAGGCAAAAGAUGGACUGGGACUGUCAACAUAUGCUAAGGUGAUCAUUUCUAUCACUGAUGUGAACGAUAAUUCUCCAGUGAUACAUGUAGAAUCACUGUCAAAUCCAUUAGCAGAGAAUGUGUCACCUGGUACUGAAGUGGGCAUCAUUAAUGUGCAGGACAGAGACUCUGAAAAGAAUGUAAAAGUCAGCUGUUCCAUUCAACAAAACGUCCCUUUUAAAUUAGUUCCUUCAAUUAAAAACUAUUAUUCUUUAGUGACCACUGGUCAACUUGACCGUGAACUCACUCUGAGGAAAAGCCCAUCAGACUUUGUGGAUGAGCUGCAUGAGUCGUUUGACCCUUUGGAG